AGGAACUUGAAGGUUUUCACCCUCUCCACCUCAGUCUCAUCAAUAAACAGGGGUCUAUGCGGCUCCUUUUCCCUUGUUCUUGGGUCGAUGAUCAUCUCUUUAGUCUUAUCUGUAUUGAGAAGGAGAUUGUUAUCACGACACCAAGCUAUGAGGUCCGCCACCUCUCUUCUGUAUGAUGUUUCAACACCACCAGUGAUCAGUCCGAUGACUGUAGUGUCAUCUGCAAAUUUAAUGAUGCUGGUGUUGUUCUGGGAGGCCACGCAAUCGUAGGUGAAGAGCGUGUAGAGGAGUGGACUCAGCACACACCCCUGUGGGGUCCCAGUGCUCACAAUUCUUGAGCUGGAUGUGCGGUUGUGGACUCUUUAUUUAAAUGGAUGCAAUUUCUUGUUGAUUUGCACUAAAAUCCAUUUAAAGUAAUGUAUUGUGCUGUAUGUUCAUAUUAAUGUUUAUUUUUAUCUGGGCAGCACAGUGGAGUAUUGGUUAGCACAUCUGCCAAAAACAUGCAUGUUAGGUUCAUUAGAGGCUGUAAAUUUUCCAUAGGUGUGAAUUUGAGUGUUAAUGGUUGUUUGUCUGGGUGUACUGGACCCCCUCUCAGCCUAAGUCAGCUGGGAGAGGCUCCGGCUCACUCGUGAAUCUUGUGAGGACAAGCAGUACAGUAUAGAAAAUGGAUGGAUGGAUUUUUACUGUGCAAGCUAAGUGUUCAAGGCACAUUUUCUUUUGCCUUUAGCCCUAGGUGAAUGGGUGAUGCCUGUAGUAAAUUAUGGUUGUAAAGGCCAACCAAUAUUUAUGUUAUAUCACAAUGUUUGUUUUUAUUGUAUUAAAAACACUGAAUAGUUGAGAAAAUGCGUAUGUCCAUUCGUAUACGUGUACAGCAUAUGCAUUUUCGCUGUAAUUCACACUGUAGACGACUGCGAUGGACUGCAUUUCCCAUGAGUCUUAGCUGUACCUUUUACUUCCUGGAGGCGUAUUCUGUGGCGCUAGUCGAAAGUAUUUUAUAUUUUAACUAUUAAAACAAUGAAUGUAUUCUGAGCAGAAUAUAUGGACGAUUUGUUUAAACACUUAGCACGUUUUCAUGACCCAGUCUUCCCUGGGUAGUGAAUAUUUGAUGAAAAAGUUGCGAAUUUUCUCGUUGGGACGGCACCACACGGAGGUCAAAAGUUUUUAUUUGUAGAAAAUGAAACCGAAACCUAUUAUGAGCUAGGCUAGUCUGUUUGACAGUGAAUAUCCUCAUUCAUCCGGGUCCUUGUAUUCUCAGGGCAUUCAGUCGAUCGCAACUGGACUGUUCAGGUUGUCCUAGAAGACGCCGCGGAUUCGUAUUGGCGAUAAACGCCGAUUCAUUAUUGCUAUAGAACCUAUGCUAUACAGGUAAUUAUGGAAGUCGCGUUGUUUUAAGGCACCAUUGUAUGAUUGAUGAUGGAUGCUGAAAAUUGCGUAGCUAAAUUAAACCAGUACCUUCAGAAAACUAGCUUCUCGGAAUUCAAGUAUGAAGACGUGGGAACUGAUGGCCCGGAUCACAUUAAAACAUUUACAAUAAGAGUUGUUGUGAACGGCAAGGCCUACCCUGAGGGAGUGGGAAACAACAAGAAGGACGCCAAACAGAAGGCAGCCAAACAUGCUUUAAAAGGCUUAUUGGAAGAGAGAGAAAAUGUUUUAGAGGCCUCUGUUGGACUGGUCCAAUCUCAAGAUGAUCAUGUAUCCUGGAUUUAUUCUUAUGCUCAGAAAAUCAAGAUGCCAAUCAAAUGUAUUGAGUCAACAAGCAAAACCUUUCAAUGUAGAUUCAUGGUUGGAGCGAUUGAGUAUCCAGUUGGAAGUGGGACAACAAAGAAAGAAGCUAAAGAAGAAGCUGCAAAGCUUGCUUAUUGUGAGAUAGUAAAUGGUUCACAGACUGAAGACGAGAACGCGUCCUCCACUUCCAAUCAACAAAUGGAAGAAAUGAGAAAAACUACAUCAGAGAUCUGUGACAAGACACAGAACUUGAAGACUGAAGAUGAUGGCUUUGUCGAGAUCAAUUAUAUUGGACUUAUCAACUCCUACUGUCAGAAAAAACAUUGCACUCCUAAUUUCAUUGAAGUGGGGAGAAGUGGCCCGCCUCAUAACCCUAAAUUUUCCUACAAGUUAGUGAUCGAUGGUAAAGACUACCCUGUGUGUGAGGGAAAGAGUAUCAAGGAAGCCAAGCAAAAUGCUGCUCAGUUGGCCUUGUCUAUCCUCGAUGGAGAGCCAUGUUGGGACAGUGAGGUCAAAUCUGCACCUGUCAAUAGUGCACCAAAAAGCCUGGAUGUCUCUCCACACGUGCUCCGGUCACUUAAUGUUGGAUUAAAAAGCAGAAGCCCAUCUCCAAGUUUCUCACGUCAUGUUUCUGAUUCUUCUCCCAAAGUUCAGGGUAAAAGUCCAGACUGCAAACCUAAAAUUAAAAUUGCUGCAAAUUUCCAAAAUGCUUGUAACCAAGAGGAAGGAAAGAGUGCGGAGGUCAAAGGCGACUAUGUCUCGAGGUUCAAAGAGGACUUUGACUUUCUGGAAGACAUUGGCAAGGGAGGCUUUGGUAAGGUUUUCAAGGCAAAACACAAGCUUGAAGGGAAGAACUAUGCUGUGAAGGUUGUCUCUUGUGAAGAAAAAUCUAUACGCGAGGUAUCAGCUUUAUCAGAGCUUCAACACAACAACAUUGUGAGAUACCACACUUGUUGGUUGGAAGAGACGGCUAACCAAUGUGGUAAUAUAGCUCAUAGUUCCUUUCCCCGGUGUACAAAAAAUCCAUCGAGACGGUUCCUCUAUAUUCAGAUGGAGCUGUGUGACACCAAAACACUCAGAUGGUGGCUAGAUGACAUGAAUGCAAAGCAUGUGGAGCCUUCACAGAGAAGGCAAGAAAGUCUUCCCAUUGCACAGCAAAUAGUUAGUGGGGUCGAGUGCAUUCACGCUAAAAAGUUAAUCCACAGAGAUCUUAAGCCUGCCAACAUCCUGUUUGGGCUGAAUGGUGUCAUUAAGAUUGGGGAUUUUGGCCUUGUUACUGUUGACAAUGAUCCUGAAAGCCUGGUGGAGAGAAGUGGAUGCAAGGGAACUAGAAGUUAUAUGGCGCCUGAGCAGAAAACCAAAAACACCUAUGACCGAAAAGUGGACAUAUUUGCUCUGGGUCUAAUUUAUUUUGAGCUCCUCUGGCGCAUGUAUACCUACAGUGAAAGAGAAAAGCUGUGGGAUGAUAUCAGAAAUCAGACCCUUCCUCCAGAGUUUUCACAUCAUUUUCUCAAAGAGGACCAACUUAUUAAGUCGAUGCUUUGCCUAAAGCCAGAAGACCGUCCGGAAGCAAGUCAACUCAAGACCAACCUUGAGGAGAGUGCUCGUGCACUUACACUUGAUGCUAACGACAGGCACACCGUCUGAGUAACACAUUUUUCCCAAUAAGGCCGCACACGCUCUCGGCUCAGUCCUGCUUUGCUGUUCUCUUCGUGCUUGGGUGGGUUUUCUCCCACAUCCCUGUUUCCUUUCUUUUAAAAUAACCAAGACUAGCAGAUUUUAAGAAUGUAUUUUAAAUUUUUCUCAAGCUGCUGCGCCUUCCCAUACAUCUUAACAUACUAUAUUAAAUUCAGACGCUAGUGUUGAACAUGAAUCCAAUAUUGCCGAAUACACUGAUAUUUAUGUUCUUAUACAUGAAUUACUAUCAACACCGACUGAGAGUAUACAGGAAAAGUGGUUUAUUUUCCCUUUUUGAUCUUAAUUGUUUCACACUUUGUGUAAAUAUUUGGUUUUGGGACAUUCAUGUUUUAAUGACUUUUUAUAAUUGUAAGAUGAAGUUUGUAACUAUAUUCACUGAUCACAUGAUCAUGUGUGGAUAGCGAUUGUAAUCUUUAUGUCUAGGUAUUUAAAGACACACGUCUUUGUUGUCAAUUGCAAUUAAAGAUCUGGUUCUCGAGGUUACACAAAGGAAACACCCCUUUUCGUACAUUUUUUUAUGUUAUAAAAAUUAUAAUUGGUAAAUUGUUUUUUGAUGUAACUGAUCAUUGUUGUUCCAAACAGGCCCAUCCACAUUUGAUUUAGAAAUGGCUAGAAAGUGAUUGUAUGGAAGAGGGUGUCAUUUCAUAUUAACAACCUAAUAACACUGGCUCAACCAUCACAUCCCAAUACUUCUGUCACUUCUGGUUGUAAUCGAAACAAAAUAAAAACCUGUAGGCUUUUCUUGCUUACUGACUCUUGUUGUCUUUUUAAACGAGACCUACAG